AUGGGUAUCUCUCGUGACUCCCGCCACAAGCGCUCCGCCUCUGGUGCCAAGCGCGCCUACUACCGGAAGAAGCGCGCUUUCGAGGCUGGCCGCCAGGGUGCCAACACCAAGAUUGGUGCCAAGCGAAUCCACACCGUCCGCACUCGCGGUGGCAACCACAAGCACCGUGCCCUGCGCCUCGACUCCGGUAACUUCGCCUGGGCCUCCGAGGGCUGCACCCGCAAGACCCGUGUCAUUGCUGUCGCCUACCACCCGUCCAACAACGAGCUGGUCCGCACAAACACCCUGACCCGCAGCGCCAUCGUCCAGAUCGACGCCGCCCCCUUCCGACAGUGGUACGAGUCCCACUACGGCCAGUCCAUCGGCCGCAGACGCCAGAAGGCCCAGGCCGCCAAGGAGGGCAAGGAGGCCACCGAGGAGGUCAAGAAGAGCAACUCUGUCGAGAAGAAGCAGGCUGCCCGCUUCGCCGCCUCCGGCAAGGUCGAGUCCGCUGUUGAGAAGCAGUUCGAGGCCGGUCGUCUGUACGCCGUCGUCACCAGCCGACCUGGUCAGUCCGGCCGCUGUGACGGUUACGUCCUGGAGGGUGAGGAGCUGGCUUUCUACCAGAAGAAGCUGCACAAAUAA